UUAGCGAAAAAGACUUUUCGAUUUAUGAAGUGAGAGGAGAGCGCUUCGUCUCUAUUACUGUGUUUUCGUGGACUUAUUUCGACGCUUUGUCUCCUUUUUCGCUUCUCUGACUGUCGGAGUGAAGAAGAAGAAGAAAUUUCAGGAGGAAGAGCCAGCAUGGCAGCAGGAAGCCGGCUCGUUGCGCUGUGGUUACUGCUCUGUCUUUGUAACAUCAGCACUCAGCAGAUCGAUCCUCUGGUGUUUGAGGAGCAGCUGCUGUGGGUGAGUGGAGCCCAGGGGCGGGUGAACACCUACAGGAUCCCGCUGCUCACCUUCACCCCCAAAGGAAGCCUGCUGGCUUUUGCAGAGGCCAGGAAGACAUCGUCUUCUGACAUUGGAGCUAAAUUCAUUGCAAUGCGGCGCUCCACAGACAAAGGAGCCACCUGGUCCCCCACCACCUUUAUCGUUGACGAUGGUACGAAGCCGGACGGCCUGAACUUGGGUUCUGCUGUGGUGGACGAGGAAGUGGGCUCAGUGAUUCUGAUCUACGACGUCUGCUUCUACCUCAACCACUGCAGCCCACCCAGCAUCAUGAUGGUGGAGAGCCGGGAUGAUGGCCUCAGCUGGAGCCCGCCCAGAAACCUAUCGGUUAUGCUCGGCGUGAAGAACUUCAUUCCCGGGCCGGGCCUCGGCCUCCAGAAGCGCUACAAUCCUGCAAAAGGGAGGUUGGUGGUUUGUGGUCACGGGACGCUGGAGGGGGAUGGUGUUUUCUGUAUCCUGAGCGACGACCACGGAGAUACCUGGUAUAACGGUGCGGCGCUGAAAAGUAUCCCCUACAACCAGAAGAAGAAGCCACAGGACUUCAAUCCUGACGAGUGCCAGCCGAUUGAGUUGCAGAACGGCACCAUCGCCAUCAAUGUGCGGAACCAGAACAGGUACCACUGUCGGUGUCGCAUUGUGGUGCACAGCUAUGAUGGAGGGUUGACCCUGCCCUUGGAAGGCCUGGUCUUUGACGAGGCACUGGUGGAUCCUGUAGUGGCAGCUGGAACUCUGCAAAAAGAGGGAGUGAUCUACUUCACCAACCCCUGCAGCGAGGACAAGAGAGUGAACUUAACCCUAAAGUGGUCCCUGACAGACGGCACAUCUUGGGAGAAAAAAGCCACGCAGAUAUGGGCCGGACCGAGCGGCUACUCCUGCAUCACGUCACUGGACAGCGGUUCUGUAGAGGACCGCAAGUACAUCUUUGUCAUCUACGAGAAGGGCCACAAGGACUAUUAUGAGACCGUCUCAUUCGCCAAGAUCCACCUGUACAGUGGCCGUUAGAGUGCAAGAGGAGGUAGGCAGAAAAGGUCAGAUAUUAUUACUGAAUCCUUUGUGUAAGCAGGUAGCCUCAUUGUGAUUGAGAGGCCUGUGUUCAAACAUAUACAAAAAUUCUGACAGACAGAUAGCAGAAGGACCCAUUAUACAUAAGUUUGGAAAAGUGUGUGCAUGGGCAGUUGCGCAUAAAUCAAUAUAACCCUUUAAAAAGUUCCAAUGAAAUCAAAGAGUGUAGUUUUAUAGUUUUUGUAGCUUGUUCCAUUUAGAGGAAUUAUUUAAAGUAUUUAAAGUUCAGUGUGAACAGGAGUUACAGCUAAUGUCAAAAUGUCCCCUGAGCUGACGUUGUAAUUGCGGUGUUUAAAUGUAAUCAAAGAGCAGAGGUAAGCAGGAACCUCUGCAGGAGGGCCUUCUAAAAUAAACAUAAAUGCUGCUCUCUUCUGGUUGCUGAGUACCAGCCUCACUUUUCAUAUAAGAUACAACACUGAGUAAAAAUAGAAUUACUUGUGAUAAAUGGCAGCAUGGCGUGAUAGAGGAAGAGGAAGAAGAAGCAUGCUUAUAAACAAUAUCACCAUGAAUCAGGCAGAGACAAAAUUGCAGGUAUUUGACAAGUGAAUGAGAAACAGGAUUUAGUUUUAUCCAUUUUUUUUGUCUUGUGCAAACUGAACGUAUUUAAUUUAUAUGUUUUCUCAGAGUCAAACAGUGAAGGGAAAAGAAAACCAGAAGAGGUUUUUGUAAUCUACUGAUCUUCUGAGGAAGACAAAGAGACUUUUUUAUUAUGUCAAAAAAUGAAUAUGCACAGUGAAUGUGACACUAUUUUUGAUUAAAUAUAUUUUCUCUCACUUUAUCUUUCUAGUCUUUGCACUCACAAGUGUUUGUUUUGCCAAAUAACUGCAGAGCCUUAAUCUGACAGAUUCCUGACCUCACAGAGGAAAAAAACAGAGAAAAUAUACUGGAAGAUUAUUUUACAGAUCAGGUACACUAGUUUCCAACAGUCUUAUUGAAGUUCCAAACAUAAUACUUUCAGUACAGAGGAAGACGAAUGUUUGAGUGACAUCCUUGGGCUGAAGGUGAAAAUUAGAUUUAUUGCAAUAUAGAUGCAAGUAACAGAUUCACUGUCUACCCAGAUAAGAGGACUUCUUUCUUUUCUGAUCUACCAUACUGAUAUAUCAUUGAAAUGGUAGUAAAGACUAACACAAUCAUACAUGCAUGGCUUCAGCACGUGCACCAGGUUGCAAAAAUCAGGAGCUGCAAGAUAAGCUGAAACAACACUGAAGUGUGAGACAACAGCAGUUAUG